GCAGCAGCAAAACAAAACACAUUUUUUUGUCUGUUUGCUUUCUCCUUAUCAGCGUUAUCAGCACGGUGUUAUACAAAUUCAUGUUAUAAGGUAUAACCAGGGUAUAACUACUACAUUACAAUAAUACCCCGUCAGUUAUAUGCAUUAAUCACACAAUGGACCAAGAAGAUAUUUGUCAGGUAUGCAAUUCCGCACCAUCGAAAUACAGCUGCCCUCGGUGUAACAUUUUGUACUGCUCCCUGCCUUGUUACAAAUCCGAGCAGCACGCAAACUGUUCGGAAAGCUUCUACCGGGAAAAUGUUAUCCAGGAAAUGGCUUCCUCCAAGGACGACCAGGAAGCGGCUCAAACGUCCAAAGCUAUGAUGGAUAUUCUGAAACGGCUAGACGGAGCGGAUGGUGAACCAUCGUUCGACGAAGAGGAGGAAGACAACGACGAGGAACGGCUGGUGGAAAUCGACUCGGAUGACGCGGACGACAUUCCAAGUUUGGCCGAAAGACUGGGUGGAAUCGAUUUGGACAAUGCCGAUGCCGUUUGGGAACAGCUCACUGAGGAAGAACGGUUGGAAUUCCAGAAUAUGCUGGAAAGUGGUGACAUCAGUCAAGUUAUGCCGGAACUGGAGCCCUGGUGGAUGGGAAAGUAUGAAGUUGAGUUGGUACAAACCGUCGAUGGGGACAAACAGUCCGCCGGAGAGAAAAACCUUCUGGAAAAAUGUCCUCCCGUCAAAAAGAACAUCAAAUGCUUCAAAGAGAUCUGCAGCAAAGAACCUUCCAUGUUCAUGGAGUUUAAUUUGGCCAACAUUUUAGCUAGCUAUGCUCUAACGUACCGUUACUUCAACGGAGAUUUCAAAGAAUGCAUUCCAGAGGCCGUCAACUGUAUGAUAUCUAUCUGCGGGAACCUGAAACACAACGCGGUCUACGACUCGGAAAAGCUUGCCGUAGAAUCCGUUUGCCACGAAUGCCGACAGGAGCAACUUCCGGCCGACGGCGAGACCAGUUCCCUCCUCGCCCAAGACGUGAAGCAGUUUUUCGCCGGCCCGAGCAAUUGUGGUACCAAAUAUCGGAAACACUUUGUCUUGGCGGCACUAUCGGAUGUGCACCGGUUACUGGGGCAGGCGAAAAAGGACGACAAGCAGCGCCAAGAUUCAGGGAAGGCUGCCACCAAGGGGGAGUUUAGCAGUAAGUUUAGCGAUGAGAUUGGCCAGUUGGAACAUUUGGAAGCGGGGAAGCUGAAAAGUUGUAUCCAAAAGCUAGAGUUUGUGCUUUCCUAUGCUCAGGAUUAUCUGUAAGUUUAUACGCGUAGGUCGUAACUACAACAAUAAGGCGAAUAAAACAUUUUAUGGCGAACCUUUUA